GUUUCUUGAAGCUCCCCCACCCCUUUUUCCUUCUCAUCAUCAAAUGGUAGGAAGAAAGGGUAGGAGGCAAUCCAUUCUUGGAUACAUUUGCAGACCCAAUCUGCAAGCUUAAUCUGAAGGAGACAGGUGAGAGGAGGAGUUCAGUGACAAAGAGAAGUGUGGAGGGUCCUUCAACCCCAGGCAGGCCCAUUUUCAGCUUCAGUGUUGGGAUUUUUUCAAGAAAAUCUGUGCCUUCAAAGUGGGAUGAUGCAGAGAAGUGGGUUGUUAAUGGCACUUCUUGCCAUGAUUCCCCUGCUCAUAAUCCACCACAGACUUUGAAAUCUUCCAACUACUCUAAUGGAGUAUCUACUACAACAGAUGUGCUUCUUAAAGAUAAGUUCACAAAAGAAGGAACUUUCUUUGGAAAUGUGAGUGAAAAGGCCAUGAACUGUGCAACACCAGAGGUUAAGCAAAGAGAUAUUGGAACAGAAAUGACACCUGUUGGCAGUUCCCCUGCUUCAAGAUGCCACACUCCAAUGAAGCUCACAUCGCCUCGCGGCCACAACACGCCCGCUGAUAGGUCCGGGCCACUGCCUCCAUCAUCAACAAGCACAAUAGAUAUCAUGCAGCUACAAGAAUGCCAUUUGGCAAAGCUGCAGCUCGGGACAACGCCAUCGAAUUGGAGCACGAGGGAAGAGGAAGAAGAGGACGUGUCGAAGAGCUUGAGACACUUUGAGUUUGAGGCAAGUAAUGAAUGCCAGAGAAGUGUGUCCAAGCCUAGAGCAUACUCAUCAUGGGAGGAAGAGGUUGCCAAGUGCUGCCUAAGGUACCAGAGAGAAGAGGCUCAAAUUCAAGCUUGGGUGAACCUCCAGAGUGCAAAAGCUGAAGCUCAGUCAAAAAAGCUUGAGGUGAAAAUCCAAAGGAUGAGGUCGAAGAAGGAAGAGAAGUUGAUGAAGAAAAUGGCAAUAGUUGAGAGAAAAGCAGAAGAAAUGAGGGGUGCUGCCCAGAUUCAACAUUGUGAGCAGAUGCAGAAGGUGAGUGGAGGAGCAAGGAAGACAGUAAACCGACACAACAUAAUAAAUGUGUCUCCUCGUCCACCUUCUUGUACUUGUUUUCCUUGUAAUAGCCAUCACGUGUAAUACCUGCCUGCAUGCAUAUGUUACUAUGUUAGUGAUACUGUACG